UCCCAGCCCAGCGUUCACUGUGAAUUUCAAGACAUAUCCCUAGCAUUGUAUCAUAAUGCAGAUUUACGAACAUCCCGCUACCAGUCCUAUCCUACGGAAGGCCUUGAAAGCCUUGUUGCCAUACAGCAUCAAUUUGAUAUAUCGUUCGCAGCACCCUAGCCGAACAGAAGACGCACACAUCCUCUCAACCUUCAGCCCCUCAGUUACCAAGGUCCCGCAAUGCUGGGCAGCAGCCUACCUCGAUCGCUCCAUGCGUCCAGAAACCGAGCUUUGGAUCUUCGCUGCUGGGGAAAAACCACAUCAUCAUAGCAGUGCAACCCAGGAUUUUUGCAGUACUUGUAAGCGGGCCGUUCUAUUAAUCUUAGACUACAUGGCAACACUGUCUAUCCCGCCAUUACAUCCCAACAACAUUCCCGCUCUGGAACUCGCCAAACAGCAUGAGAAAGAACACCCAACUCCAAGACCUGAUGGAUCAUACGCCUUGUCAACCGGGACGUACAUGCGGCACCUUUUGGAACCCAAAGUCGUCACGUUGGGAUGUUGUCACCGCGCCGUUGUGCAGAUAUGUCGCGAAGUCGGCAUCCUGCGGUUUGAAUUUCCAGGCGUAGACGCAGAGUUGAACAAAUUCAUUUUCGAGAUCACCGAGUUACCGGAGACGAAAGAGCUGCCAAAGGGUUUACGGUGGGGUGAAAUGAGGGAGCAUGACAUCGCUGUGGUUAAGGAACGUACAUCUAUUCCGCGUUCGACAAAAACGCUACUAUCAUUGAACAGUGUGGGCGUAUUUGAAGAAGAGAUGGAUACACCUGUGGCGUGGGCGUUCCUCGGGCUUGAUGGGUCACUUACUGCACUUCACACGGAAGAGGGAUAUAGGGGUAAAGGCAUAGCCAAGGCAGUUGCGGCGAAGAUUUUCCGACAGUAUGCGCCUGGCCUGGCGGUAAAUCAGGAGGGCAAUGCUUAUUCACAUGCAGAUGUCUAUGUGGGAAACCUGCAGAGUGAGAGUGUCUGUAGGAGCUUGGGAGGUAAACCAAUGUGGAAGUGCUUCUGGGUUAGGAUAAAUCUGGAGAAGGCUAGAUCACUUGCGAAUAGUGCAUAACGCAGCGUUGAGUUAGAGUGCGGUUAAAGCGCAGCGCACGAGUAGUGUCUAAAACCUGUUUGACAGUCAGUUUCAAAUCCAGCCAGGCUUCAAAGUUGACAACGUCCAAUAUUGGAGAGUGCUCAUUAAAAAAUUAGAGUGUUGUUGUUGUUGUUUUUGAUCCUCAUCGAGGGAUCUCAGGGUUAAAAAGAAAUAAUCAUAGCAGUGGAGGAGCAAAAGAGGGUCGAGCUUACCUGAAAGUCAACUAGACACCGUUGCUUGUAAAAGCAUCACGGAUAUAGCAUGUC